GGGGACUACGCUAUAAGAAGAUAAAUCACCGACGAGAACAACACAGUUUACGGUUGGAUCGCCGAACAGAGCGGUGAAGACCUACCAGUCCGAUCGUACCGAAGGAUCGUCGCUUAUUUUCGACUGCUUCAAAAAUCACACACUAUACAAGAACGAGGUUAACAUGCCGGCCACGAUCAGGAGCGUUCUCAUAAGCGAUCCCGUGGAUGCGUCCUGCAGCGAACUGCUCGUUCGUUACGGUAUACCAGUCACGGCCAAAAACAAGUUGUCGAAGGAGGAGCUAAUCCAAGAGCUUCAGAAUCACGAUGCUCUGAUCGUUCGAUCCGAAACGAAAGUGACCAGCGAUGUGUUCGCCAGUUGCCCAAAUCUUCGCGUGGUGGGUCGUGCUGGAACUGGAGUCGACAACAUCGACCUUCAAGCUGCCACGCGGAAGGGAGUCAUCGUCCUCAAUACUCCCGGUGGAAAUAGUAUCAGCGCUUGCGAAUUAACCUGUGCGCUUAUUUCCGCCUUGGCACGGAAUGUGGCUCAGGCAGCUCGGGCGCUGAAAGAAGGACGAUGGGACAGAAAACUAUAUUCCGGUUUCGAGCUGUCUGGCAAAACGCUGGCCGUUUUAGGCAUGGGCCGCAUCGGACGCGAAGUAGCCAGAAGAAUGCAGGCGUUUGGAAUGCGCGUGAUCGCUUUUGAUCCGAUAUUGACUCCCGCUGAGGCUGUCAAGCUCGACGUUGAAAAACUAUCUUUGGACGAGAUAUGGCCGCAGGCGGAUUACAUCACUGUGCACACUCCGCUUAUUCCUCAAACGAGAAAUCUGAUCAACUCCACAACUUUGGCGAAAUGUAAGAAAGGAGUACGCAUCGUGAACGUGGCCCGUGGCGGUAUCGUGGACGAGGAAGCACUUCUAAAUUCGCUCAAAUUAGGUCAUUGCGGUGGUGCAGCUUUGGACGUGUUUGUCCAAGAACCACCUACAAAUCCUACCACCUUGGAACUGAUCGCGCAUCCCAAAGUCGUCGCUACUCCUCAUCUCGGAGCAAGUACCGCCGAGGCUCAGGAACGGGUAGCCCUCGAGAUAGCUCAGCAAUUUGUAGCAUUUGCGGGGAAAUCAUCCGAGUAUGCAGUUACGGGGAUCGUAAACGCUCCAAUUCUAACAGCUGCUAUGACGGACGAGAACACCCCGUGGAUAGAGUUGUCGAAGAGGCUCGGCCAGUUGGCUGCGCGUUUGACCAAGGAAAAGACGAACGUUGUUGUGCGCAGUCAAACGAUUGGAAAUGGAAUGCAAGAAAAGACAUUCGUCCACACCGCCGUUCUGGUUGGAAUCCUGUCCAGCCAAAACAAAAACGGCUUGAACUUGAUCAACGCACCGACGUUGGCUCGAGAGGUAGGCGUUGAUGUUCAAGGUAGCCACGCCGAGUUUGACGGCAAAGCGAUUCUCGUACAAGUGGCAGACCAUCGAAUCAAAGGAACCGUCCGCGAUAACGAGCUCCUGCUGCUCUCGUUGGAUGACGCGGUGUUCGCUAAUGGAAUAUCUUUAAGAGAUCAUGUUUCUUUGUAUCGAGCAAACGGCAUCCAAGACCUCGCACAAAUCGUCAAUACAUUCUCGAAGAAAGGCAUCAAUAUUAGCAACUUGAAUGCCAAUGGUAGCUGGACAAUUAUACAAACCAAUCAAGAGGUUUUCGUGAACGUCGACGGCAUCCAGAGUUUUUAAUUAAUAUCGACAAUUUCCGAAUAUCGCUGCCAAGAAAAUAACACGGCCCUUUUGUGGCUCAAAAAUGAGCUAUAUAUGGUAUAUAUGUAUAUUCCCUUCCUUUUUUUCUCUAUACUGAUUUUAACAUGUACAUGUGUAGAAAAGAUAUUCAGUAUUUCAAAACUCGAUGCAAGCUGUCGAGUAACGAUGAUUAUUUUUAGUAACAAUGUAUCAGUAGCGCGUCGUUCGCCUCUAUUCGCAGAUUUUUUAUUUAUUAUUUGACUCGAAUAGAGUCAGGGAAAAAAUAAUCAACGUAUCAUCGUCGUUGAAACACUCAUCCUACAUCGCAUAUAAUGAAAACCUUCUUUAUAAAUUUUACAUACGUAUAUACGUAUAGAAAAUAAAGUAUAGAAAAUAUAUGUAUGUAUAUAAGUAUUUAUACUUUUGUAUUGUUAGCAUUCGAUAAUAAAAUAUUAUGUCAUGAAA